UGGUAAAGGACUUUUCCUUUAUCUUCAGUAACAUUUUCAGGAUCUCAGAAAGACCUCGUUCUCUGUGAUUUGCAGUGAUGGAGCCUGAUUUCUUCAUUCAUCUGGACGAAUUUAGCUGCUGUGUGUGUCUAGAGAUCUUGCAGGAUCCAGUAACUACUGCAUGUGGGCACAACUUUUGCAAAAUGUGCAUUGAAGGAUUUUGGGAUGUGAAUGCAUCAUGUAGCUGCCCUCAGUGUCGAAAGAACUUCAGUCCAAGGCCAGAUCUUCAGAUAAACAUCCUACUAGCUGAAGUCAUAAAGAAAUCCAAGCAUCAGCAGCUGAUAGAAGCUCAGAAUGUCCUGAGAUCGGGAGAUGUGGCGUGUGAUGUGUGCAUCAAGAAGAAGCUGAGAGCCAUUAAGUUCUGCUUAACUUGCUUGGCUUUCUAUUGUGAGACUCACCUCCAGCCUCACAGGCAGUGCGAAGUGUUAAAGAAACACAAAGUGGUGGAGCCAGCUGGACACGUGCAGCAGAGACUUUGUGCAGAGCAUAACACAAUGGUGGAGCUCUACUGCAGAACAGAUAAGAAGUGUGUCUGUUUACGGUGCGCAGCCGAACAACACCGGAAUCACGAGCUGGUGGAGAUGGAGACAGAGAGAAAGGCGAAGCAGAUGCAGUUAAGGGACAUACUGAAAAUGAUUGAAAAUAAGCUUCAGAUGAGAGAGGAAAAAUUAAUUGAGACGAGAACAACUGUGCAGUAUUUGAAGGCUUUCUCAGAGAAAGAAUUGCGGGAACACGAGGAGGCCAUCACAUCUCUGUACGAGUCCCUUACGAGGCUGAAAUCUGAGAUUACUGAGGUGAUUACAGAUUACAAGAAGAGAGAAGUGAAAAAAUCUGAAGAGCUCAUAGAACGACUGGAAGAGGAGAUCGAGAUGCUGAAGAGAACAGACAGGGAAAUGGCAGAGCUUUUACAGAUAGAUGACCAAGUGCAGUUCCUUCAGAAAUGUCCAUCUCUCUUUGUUCUCCCUCAAGAUGAGGACCUCAUGAAUUUUGAUAUUAACAAAGAUUUGUUUCCUGAGACUCUGAAGAAAAAUAUUUCUAAGUUAAAGAGAUUCCUUCAGGGAACCAGCUGCUUGGAGUUUGUGAAAACCACAGAGACUGAGAAUGAAGCUCCAGAUUACAUCUUACAGAAUCUAAUGAUAAGAAAUGUUCUUUUGAAAUACUCUUGUCAGCUGACCCUGGACCCAAACACAUCCCAUGGAAACCUUGACUUGUCUGAAGGAUACAGGAAGGUGAUGUGGAAAGGAAAUAUCGACUAUCCAGACCAUGCUGACAGGUUUGAGUGUUGGCCCCAGGUUCUGUGCAGAGAGGCUCUCUCUGGGACUCGCUAUUACUGGGAGGUGGAGUGGAGUGGAGACUGGGCAAUGAUUGCAGUCACAUAUAAAAGAAUAAUGAGAAAAGAAGAGGAUCACGAGAGCCUUCUUGGAGGCAAUGAUAAUUCCUGGUGUUUGUUCUGCUCUAAUUCUUGUUAUUCGGUGUGCCACAAUAAGAAGAAAAUGGAAAUCACUGUACCCCCUUCCUCUAGGAUUGGUGUGUAUCUGGAUUAUCCUGCUGGCUCUCUGUCAUUUUAUAGUAUUUUGGACACAGUAAGUCUUCUGCACAGGUUCAAGAGCAGAUUUACGGAGCCACUCUAUCCAGGGUUUGGGGCUGAAGGCACUAUAACACUGUUAGAGGUGAGCCAACCUUACUAAUGAACACUGACCAUAACUCCAGACUAGUCUAACUUUUGCUGAAAAAAGAAAAGCCAAGGCAGGGGCUUCAACCAGUUAGGUUAAAUAAAUUCCAUUCAUGAUCCCUUUAAACCUA